UACCCUCCGCCCUCGAGGGAAGCUGGUCUACUUCCUCCCAUUUUUUAUCUAAAGGAAGUGCCAAUAAGCAGCAAUGGGCAAGAAUGUGAACAACUUUUCCACUGGUUGAUAGCAGUGGCUCACACAGCACUGCAGAACCCUAAAAAGGACCCAGGAGGGGAACGCUCAGUAGAACCACCAUGAAGACCGUUAGGAUAGCCCUUCUCAUCCUCCUCCUAACCCUGCUCCAGCUCCUCACUACAGCAACUCAGACACCCGACACAAGUGUUCGUCCUCCCACUACAUCUGUCCCUACAACAAUUGCUGCUGCCACCACUGCUGUGACCACACCCAAGACAGAGGAGAAAUCUGUCACAGUAACUGCCACGCCAAAACCUGCACCAACAUCAGAAAAGACAAAGAAUUCAUCCCCACCCCCACUCUCAGUGCAUUCCACAUCUCCACCUGCUAAGGAUGAUGAAAAAGGGGCAGCGAGCCAGGCCACAACAACUGUUACCACCAGUCACCCACCCCAAGAUAUGACCACAGUUCAGCCUACACCAAACCUUCACUUGCAAGAAAAAGGGGCAGCGAGCCAGGCCACAACAACUGUUACCACCAGUCACCCACCCCAAGAUAUGACCACAGUUCAGCCUACACCAAACCUUCACUUGCAAGUUAUUCAGACAACUGCACAGAGACUUUCACCAGGAUCCUUGACCACCUCCAGACCAGAAGAGAAAGAAAAUAAGCUGCUGUGGAUUCUUUUGCCAGUCCUGGGAGUUGUGGUGGCUGCUGUCAUCUUCGUUCUCAGAUUUAAAUGCAUGAAGGUCCACGAUCACACAGAGGCAACUGAUAAUGGAACAGAAAAUGCCUCUUUCCAGAGCAGGCCGGACAGCACCAAAGAUGGUGUCAUGCUUCUCGGGGUGAAGUCCUCAGGUGCUGCUGCAAGAUAAAAAGGAUGCCGUCCCAUUCUAUAGGACCAAUGGAUGAGGCCAAGCUCUCACAACCCGAAAAAUGGUCCAGACGUUCAACUAUCUAAAAAUGAUGGACAAUCAAAUAUGGCGUAUUAGAAUCCCAAAAGCUAAGUGGGCACAUUCUUAUACUGUAUAGUGUGGAAAGAAGAUUGGUGUGGAGUAUUGUAGGAUAUGGGACUCUUAACUGAACGUGUCUCCUAGAAAAUGUUCACUAAGAUACUAUAUAUCAUUUAAAAAAUAUGUACUUCACUGUUUUGUGUAUUCUUAAUUGGAUGGUAAUUUAGCCAAUGAGGAUCUGUGAUCUCAAUUUAAUCAAGACUAACAUCCAGACAUUUCAUUCAGGAAAACAAUGCUGGAUGCUGAAUUAAUGUGAAUAAAUUAACCCAAAAGCUAGUUGUCUGUGUGCAAGAGGCUUGUUUGUCUCAUCUCUGUAUUCAAGAUACUGAUUUUGAUUUUAUAUCACCCAAACAUGUAUGAACUCCAAAUGCACUGAACCUGAAUUCAGCACACAAUUCCUUGAUUCAAACCAGUUAGUGAGCAGUACACAUGAUUAAGUGUUUGUAUGCUUUAAAUCUGUUGUAAUAAAUUAUUUAGCUUUCAGUGUAAAUGCCAGGAUUGUCAAGAUUAGCUAUUUUGCCGGUAUGUUUCCUGCUUUUGAACCAGUUAUAGUGUAUAUUUGAGCAAAUAAUAAGACUUCCCACUGGUCAAAGAUGAUUUUAAUUUCUCAAAUAAAGAAGAGCAGUUAUUUGA